AUGUCUAUAGACGAGGCGCAGAAAGCGCUCAAUGCCAGAGUACGGAAGUUAUCAGUGGUGUUGGGAAUCAGUAUAGCUUUUUUCAUAGUGGAGAUUUCGAUUGGAUUCAAGACGGGUGCUCUGGCUCUUAUUGCUGAUGCAUUCCACUAUUUGAAUGACAUCGUCUCCUAUGUAAUCGCAUUAGUAGCAACUCUGUUGAGUCGGAAAGGCUCAGGUCCAAUAGGUUAUACCUUCGCCUACAGACGAGCCGAAAUUGUAGGAGCCUUCUUCAAUGCGAGCUUCCUAAUUGCCUUGGCACUAUCGAUAUUCCUGCAAUCGAUCGAGAGGUUCAUCAAUGUGGAGGAAGUCGAUCAUCCAUUAUGGGUCAUGAUUGUUGGUUGUUGUGGAUUGGCAUUGAACGUAGUUAGUAUACUGGUCGUUCAUGAACACUCGCAUGAUCAUCAGAAAUCUUCUUUCCCUGACGAGCCGUUAGAUCUCGAAUUGUCAAGGAUAAAAGCUGCUGCUGCCUCUCCAAGUUUGAGAGGUUCAGCUGCACCUCUGAAUGUGGAUCAUUCUCAACAUCAUCAUGCUCAACAGAAUGACGAGGAAAAGAAAGGAACGACCAGGAAUCUAGGUCUGUUAGGUGUUCUAGUUCACCUUCUUGGAGACGCCAUCAACAAUAUCGGAGUGAUUAUUGCGGCUGCUGUCAUGUGGAAGACCUCUUCACCUCAUCGAUUCUACGCUGAUCCGGCUGUAUCAUUGAUUAUCUCGCUGUUGAUCUUCCUUGGUGCUAUUCCACUGGCGAAAAGAUCGUCUAGGGUUUUAUUGGAAGCUGCUCCGAAGAAUAUCAAUCCUGAGCUUGUGAAAGAGGAUCUGAUGACUAUCCCUGGUGUGAUAUCAAUACACGAACUUCAUCUUUGGCAUUUAACAGAAAGCGACGUACUAGCCUCUUUUCACGUUCAUGUCAAUGUUCACGAUAUCAAAGGAUGGCUACCUAUAGAGAAAGAGUUGAGAUCAUGUUUUGCCGCUCAGGGUGUCACCCAUGUGACUAUCUCACCUGAGUUUGAUACCGUGGUGGAUAACACUGAAAUAGGAGGUAGUAGGAGGGGUGAUGGGGAUCUUUGUGACCCAACUUGUUCGGUUGUCCCUUCGUGA